CUGCGGUGGCCAAUGGGCGCGCGCGGCGGAGGGCGAAGGGCAGGCCAGGGAGCGGCAGACGCGGGGACUCUGGCUCGCUCCCUCCCUCCCUCCAAUGCUGAUAAGUGCCCAGGAGUGCAAUUGCUGAGUCAUAUGAUCAAAUGAUGCUGUUUGGAAAAGUUUCCCAGCAGUUGUGUGGAUUAAAGAAACUCCCACGGUCAUGUGACUCCAGAUACUUCUGGAGCUGGUUGAAUGCAGUGUUUAAUAAGGUGGAUUAUGAGCGCAUCAGGGAUGUUGGCCCUGACAGGGCAGCAUCCGAGUGGUUGCUGCGCUGUGGGGCCAUGGUACGCUACCAUGGUCAGGAGAGGUGGCAGAAGGACUACAACCACCUCCCAACAGGCCCUCUCGACAAAUAUAAGAUUCAGGCGAUUGAUGCCACCGACUCUUGUAUCAUGAGCAUUGGAUUUGAUCACAUGGAGGGCCUAGAGCACGUUGAAAAAAUAAGGCUGUGCAAGUGUCAGUAUAUCGAAGAUGGCUGUUUGCUGAAACUUAGUCAACUUGAAAAUUUACAAAAAAGCAUAUUGGAAAUGGAAAUAAUAUCCUGUGGCAAUAUCACAGACAAAGGCAUCGUUGCUUUGCGUCAUUUAAGAAACCUCAAAUAUUUGUUGUUAAGUGAUCUUCCUGGAGUAAGAGAAAAAGAAAAUCUUGUCCAAACCUUUAAGACAGCACUGCCUUCUCUGGAACUAAAAUUACAAUUGAUGUAAAAGAAUGUGUCUUAUUUCAGUAUAAAGGAUCAUUUGAAA